UGGCUUAUGCGGCUAUCGCCUAACGAAAUAAACUCCGCAAUCAUUUGCGGCGGAGCAGAGGGGGUCGAAGUUACUUUUUGUGAUACGGUAGUUGUUGAUCAAAGUGGAACACUGCUGCACAUUCCGUUAGGAUCUAUUGCACAGCUACGCGAAGGCUGCUGCAGUACCGUGCGGAUCAACUCCUGCCUGGAACAAUCUUCACGUCCGCAUUUUCCGACCAAUGCCAUUCGUAGUCGGAAGCGCAUUUGUGCUGGCGCCCGCUACCUGGUUCAGCCUUUCGCAGCACGCGCGACGAGGUCUAUCGUCCGGUGGUGUCGUCAACCUGGUAGCUGGGCAGCAGCACUACACCGAGCGACUCUGCCUUGCAGUGAACUGCCGAACUCAGUGGAGGUGGAGGGCCCUGGCCCUGACUCCUGAGUGUGUUCUUUGUGUCGGCGCGGGCACUAGUUGGUGUCUUCUUGUGACGUGGUGACUGCUGUUUGAUGCAUGGAGAGAAGAUGGCAGCAGGAUAUGGAAUCACGUUGCUUGUCCUAACUUCUAUAAUAUGUGUUGCAUCUACGUUAGGAGAAGAAGUCCCGUGCCCUGCAGAGCUGCUGGUGUGCGAGAGUGAUGCACAGAAGGUGGUACGCACGUUCUCCUACACCAUGCCGCAGGGCAUGCACACCGGGCGCAAGUCGAACCGCAGCUACGAGGACGAAACGUACAGUCCUAACCAUCGCAACCAGCACCAGUUUCCCUGGGCUGCCGGCAACAGUCUCGUGUGGCUGUCCGGCGGGCGCGGUCAACUGACUGACUCUACGUGUGGCACAGACGACUUCCGACAGAAGGCAGACCGGUACCCAUGGGUCGGGUGGAACACGCUCAACAUUGUCAAUGAGUCCGGCUCCACGCCGGUUCCCAUAUACUUUGAGUUCCAGAGCUCUGUCAGCCUGGCAUCUGUGAAACUGGCCACGCUCAAUCCGCGCCAAAGUGGCGUGGCGCUGUUUGACUUUGUGAGCCUGUCCAUAUCAACAACGGAUGUGGUUCCGUAUGAUCAGAAAACCUGGGUUACCAUCCUGAACAGCUCAGCCGAGGCGGACGCCUACACCAACACGUCCUCACCGCUUACCAUCACUCUGCCCGUGAGCCAAGUGUACCCAAACGUCAAGUAUGCACGGCUGGAGAUAGGACCCAGCAGCUACCUGACCGAAGGUGGAAGUGUCCAUCCGUGGAUACUGAUUUCCGAAGUCGUUUUCUGUGCGAACGAUUUCACCCGGCAGUCCAUUGCGCUAGCAUCGCAAUCAACAGUGACGCUGGUGGAGAGCGAGGAAGGCAGGAUACCCUGCACCGGCGACAAUGUUGACUUGCUGGAGCUGAUUCGCAGCAGGGACGGUGCCCAGGUGUCCAACGUGACCGCCCUCACGCCCAAUCGCCUUUCCAUUGACUACACAAUCCUAGAGCCGAAGCAGCCGGUAGAUGCCGGAGGGUACUUGUGCAAAGGCAGCAACUCACUCACACCCACCAGCACCAGUACUAUCAGCGUCAAUGUUCUCCCUGCCCUGGAUAUUUUCCGUACAACCAAUGUGACAGUGGCGUCCGGCUCAUCAGUACUGCUCCAAUGCUGUUCCCAUGACAACCGACAACACACCGUCAGUCCGCCGGUCCUGUGGGAUUGGCUGCCGCGCCAAGGCCAGACCGUCUCUCCUCUUGCCGAAGACAGCCCCUUGCCCUAUAUCAUUGUGACGGAUAUCCAGCCGGGAACGUUCUCCUACAGUUGUGUUGCACGCCUGGGCCGCGCUUACAACGACUACAGUGGAGUUGCCAUGGUUACCGUAACGGAUACGAUAUCACCAGGCACUGGAGACAACUCGCACAACAAUAUUCUUGUCUACGACGCCUGCAGCAGGUCUGUAACUACCAGUACGGCACCGCAAUCUGAACCGAGCGUGACUCCAGCGGCCAGUGCCAGUGCCAGCGCGCCAGCCAGCACUUCAACAUCUCCGCCGCAAUCUUCCGCUAGCACGAGCAGUGGAUUCGGUGCCGUGGCCGCCGUUCUCCUGGUGUGUUUCAUCAUCUGCUUUGCCUGCCUGAUCCUGGUGCUGUUUGUGCUGUGGAGGCGACGCCAACAGCAGCGCCAUGAAUAUCGGCACAAGCACCUUCCGUCCAACAGCUUGCGCCACCUGAGAUCCGAUUUUCCCGUCAAGACCAAUGCACGCCAGGCCGGCCUCUCUCCGGAGCACCGCUCGCCGCGCUCGUCCAACACCUCGCCCAUUGGGAGCUCGGCGAGAAGCCACGCACCGUCCGUGUCUUCCAUCGAUGGCUCUAACACCAUGCAUGUGCAGUCACAGCUGGAAUCGUCCCUGGAGUAUGCCGACCCUCAACAGCUAAAGAGAGAAGUACACCACCCGUAUGGCACGACCUCGGUCUCCAGCCUGCCCACCCCGCUGGGGCCUAAAGCCCUGAACCAGGCAGUUUAUGCUAGCGUUCAAACGCCAGACCAGCUAAAGAUCUACGCAGAGCCCGACCAGGUUUGUCCGACCCCAGGUAGUGCCAAAUUCGUAACCAAUCACAUUUAUGAAGAGGCAGUCGACAUCAACCCGGAGAAGAUGCUUCAGGCGAGCGCAUUGGAAAGUGCAUCAGCUGUCAAGGAGAAGAGGUUAUCUCGAUUAGUGCCACUUUAUGAAGAGCCGCCGCCACUCCCACGAGAAGAAGGCCCUCCUUUGCUGGACCCAACGAAGCUGAUCUACUCUGAGAAGGACAAGAUUGGCGAAGGACAAUUUGGUGAUGUGUACCGUGCCCAGCUGUUGACCGAUCCGCCCCAGGACGUCGCCGUCAAGACCCUGAAGAUGACGGAGGACAAGGACCUGUGCAAGUCGUUUGAGAAGGAGGUGAAGUUCAUGUCGCGCCAGAAGCACAAUCACGUGGUGCGUCUUCUCGGCAUCUGUGACAGCAACGGUCUGACGGCGAUGGUGAUGGAAAACAUGUCCAACGGCGAUCUGCAUAGCUACCUCAGCAAGCGGGAGCUCAACUUGAAACCCCAGCAAACGCUGCCUGCAAAGAAGUACAGCGUGACGCUAGCAGUGCUGGUACGCAUGAUGCAGCAGGUAGCGUCCGGGAUGGAGUACCUGUCGGAACGUGCCUACGUCCACCGUGAUCUGGCCGCUCGCAACUGUCUUGUUGCCUCCGACCUUACCGUGAAACUGGGUGACUUUGGCCUCACCUGUCAUCUGUAUGACCGCCUCUAUUACCGUGUUGCCGGAAAAGCCGUCUUGCCUUUGCAGUGGAUGGCGCCUGAAUCGUUUUACGGCAACUUCAGUGUACAGACAGACGUGUUCUCCUUUGGCAUUGCGUGCUGGGAGAUUUUGACCAUGUGCGAAGCGGGCCCGUUCGCUGACAUCGAGCCGAGCGAGCUGAUCAGGCUGACCGUGCGCUGUCGCAACGAGGGCACUGACCGGCCCACUCCGGAAAUCCCCGACUAUAGCCCGGCCGGUAUACGAGAGCUGCUGACGCAUUGCUGGAAGAUGAACGGUGCCGACCGGCCCUCUUUCCAGCACCUCAAUGCCGAGCUCAAGAAAAUUGCCGUCCUACUGCGGAGUUGAUUUGAAUGAACUGUCAGAAGACGCAUUCAUGUUUCUAUGCCUCCCGCCAUCCAGUUGUAUUCAGUUCUUUUUCUUUUUACAUGAGAGAUUACCAUACUUCAAGUACAAUAAAUUUUACUAUCAACUAGCCUGCUAUAACACGAAUAGCCAAAUUGAUGAUCGCUGGCGUAAAUAGAUACGCAUGCGCUGGAAAACAAUAUUGCAUUCCUUGACCACAUUCCAUGUAUAGCUGCUAUUGUUCGCAGUCCGGGUGCCAAUGUGCUUGGCUACUGUGCCAUGAUCACAGUGGCGAUUCAGUGUGUCUGACCCUGCGCUUGAGUUCUCGAUUAUUUCCGCUGCGACUAUUGGCUCCUAGGUUGGAGAGUGCUGACAAAAGCACUGCAUUGACUGAGCUGGCCUCUUACCAAUAUUAUUAUUAUUUCUAGAACUUGUGCCAUGCUGGAUGGUUGGCUGUACUUUCCCUGCAUGGUACCAUUUUAUUCGUGCAUUGUUUGACUGGUGCAUGAAGUAUAAUUCUGACAUUGUUUGACUGGUGCAUGAAGUAUAUGACAUUUGUUUCUUUGAUUGAAUUCGCAAAUUUCUGAGAAAGAAUGGCCUUGAUUUUUUAAAGUACCGGUAAUGUGAAGAAAACAUUUUUGCCACAUUUUUGCCACAUUUUUGCCAUUGCCUGGAUGCACACCUCCUAGAUAAGAACUUUCUUCUCGUUAUAAUUCAAGUAUAUCUACAAGACCACUCUUAUGUUAAUGUGAGUAUAACGGUAUUUCCUGGUUCUGCGAGCUGUGCAGAAAAAACAUCA